UUCUCCUUUGCUCUUCAUCUUUUCUCUCAUCCAAAGAUUUCUCUACUUUCCUUGAACAUACAUCUUUGGCAGUCUUGCAUACAAUAUAUACUGUUACUCCUCUGCCUAGAAUCCCCUUCACCUCAGGUUUCCCUGAGAACUCAUAAGCUUUACCCCCACUCUCUUAUCGGUGACGUAGUACCACCGUUCAUCAUGAGAGUGAUAAUCAGAGAAACUGCCCUGGAGGCCUCGGAGUACAUAGCCGAUUAUAUCAUCAGUCGCAUCAAGGCAUUCAAGCCUACGCAAGAUCAACCAUUUGUUCUUGGUCUUCCCACUGGCAGUACGCCAGAGAUAAUCUACAAGACCCUUGUACAACGCUACAGAGAAGGCGACAUUUCCUUUAAAAAUGUCGUCACCUUCAAUAUGGAUGAGUAUGUCGGGCUACCACGCGACCAUCCUGAAUCAUACCACAGCUUCAUGUAUAAACAUUUCUUCUCUCAUGUCGACAUCCCGCCUCAGAAUAUCAAUAUUCUCGACGGAAACGCUCUAGAUCUCGCUGCCGAAUGUGCCUCUUUCGAGGCAAAGAUCGCCCGUUACGGUGGCAUCGAGCUCUUCUUGGGCGGCGUUGGCCCAGACGGACACAUCGCAUUCAACGAACCAGGAUCGUCACUGAGCAGCCGUACCCGAGUCAAGACACUGGCCUAUGAUACGAUCCUAGCUAACUCCCGGUUUUUCGGAGGAAACCUAGACAAAGUGCCUAGGAUGGCCUUGACCGUUGGUAUUCAAACAAUUAUGGAAGCCCGCGAAGUUGUUAUUGUGGCUACUGGAGCCCACAAGGCGCUGGCAGUGGAGAAGGGCCUCGAAGGCGGUGUCAAUCAUAUGUGGACCCUUUCGGCCCUGCAGCUACAUCAGCAUCCACUGAUUGUAUGCGAUCGCGAUGCGACCCUGGAGCUCAAAGUUAAGACAGUCCGGUACUUUGAGGCAAUUGAACAAUCCGGUACCGAUGCACGUACACAAGGGCCGCCUCUUGUUUACCGACCGAGGACGUAUGUCCCUGCUCUUAUUGGGGUGAGCAAAACGAAUCAGCAACCCACUCCAGCGUCAACACCACCGAGGGUCCCAAAGGACCUGAAAAUAAAUACUCAGCUCAACCAGACGUUAGAUGAAGAUGAGUUGACUCCUGAUAGCAUGUCUUCCCGAAUGGUCGAUUCAGCCAUUAGCGGGCUAGACUCGACAUUGAAGGGCGACCUAAUGUUCGACCGCAUGAGCAAUCGAGUUAUCCCUCAUUAACCACGCCGAGCAUGGGGAUUAGGAUUUCAAAUUUACAGUGUUGGUUGGACAAGCGAGUUCUGAGUUGGCAAUUUUCCUCAACACGUAUCCAGGAUCCUAUAUUAGUAUUUCUCCAGGAGAGGGCUUUGUCAUUCAUUUCGUUCGCAUUGGAGUAGGGCAUAGUUUUUGAUUUGUUGCUUGGAUGGGUCCGCUACUUGAGAAACUUACUUUGUGCUUUUACCAAUAUCCAUAGACGGCUUGGUACUCAGUGUUGC